AUGCAGACGUUGUUGUUGCCUAAGAAAUGGAAUGCAGCAGCAUCGCAAAUCUCCUCGGCAAUAACACAUAAAUGGCAGUUUUCGGACUCUGAAAGGAUAAAGUGUAAUUUUGAUGGAGCAUGGGAUGAGAAGGGAUCGGUUGGAGGCUUUGGGAUUGUGGUAAGGAACUCGGAGGGAGGUUUCAUGGCAGCAAAGGCGAUCAAGGAGGAAGGGGUGAGAUCAACGCUGCAUGCUGAGGCUGCUGAUGCACGUGCAGUAAUGUUGUUCUUACGGAAAUGGGGAACGGAACGGGUCCAGGUGGCAGGGGAUGCGCUGCUGGUGACUUCUGCAAUUCAGAAUGCAGGUGCAGCGCUUAGUGGUCAUUAUGGGCAGCUGUUUGAGGAUACAAGGCAGCUUCUUCAAGGAUUCAAGCAAUGGAAGGUUACAUUUGGUCGAAGAGAGACGAAUAAGGUGGUUCAUCGCCUUGCAAGGUUUAGUCUAACUAUUGAUCACUCAGUUUUUUGGUUCGAAGAGCCUAAUUUCUGA